CCGGAGGCUUGCUCUUCUCAUACAUACAGUGUGGUUGAGCUCCACUUCCGGUGGUCUGGAGUUUUCAAACAAUAGCCAGCUGCUCUCCACAUUUGCUCAGGGAAAUAAGCAGAUCCUUUUGCUGGAAGUGGGCUAGCCAUUUGGUGUAAAUAGCCAGAGAUGUCAGCGAAGAGGAGGAGAGCGGUUUCCCCGUCCAGCAGUGUCAGUGGCGGGGGAGACCUGGAUGAUGCCUCCUCAACUCCUGGAAGUGGUCGCAAAAGAAGACGAGUGUCAAAUGUCCCUCCGGUUGACACGAUUGCCGUAUGCCAUGAACUCUUCAAUGCUGUCAGGGACUACAAGGAUAGACAAGGGAGGCAACUGUCUGAAUAUUUCCUGAGGGUACCAAAAAGAAGGAAUCAGCCUGAUUACUAUGAUGUGGUGUCCCAGCCAAUUGACAUGACAAAAAUUCAGUACAAACUGAAGUCAGAGGAUUAUAAUGAUGUUGAGCAUCUUACUGCAGAUUUUCAACUAAUGUUCAACAACGCCAAGUCUUUUUAUCCGAGUGACAGUGAGGAAUACCAAGCUGCAUGUAAAUUGUGGGAAGUGUAUUUACAAACUAGAAAUGAGUUUGUUCAACCUGGAGCCGAUGAUGACGAUGAUGAAGAUGCUGAUGAUAUGGACAAUACAGGAAUGUCCACAGAGGAAGAGGUCCCAACUGGAAGUUUGAAAGAGGUGUUAGAACAACUUCUGGAAGCAAUUGUUUCUCAUUCUGAUCCCUCAGGGCGCCCUAUCAGUGAGCUGUUUCAAAAACUGCCUUCCAAAGUGCAUUACCCUGACUACUAUGCCAUUAUAAAGGAGCCAAUUGACCUCAGAACAAUUACUCAAAGAAUACAGUAUUCAUAUUAUAAAAGUGUCAAUGCUAUGGCAAAGGACAUUGAUCUUAUGGUGAAAAAUGCCAAAACAUACAACGAACCAGGAUCUCAGGUUUUUAAGGAUGCAAACACAAUCAAGAAAGUUUUCCUACAGCGUAAGGCAGAACUUGAACAUGGAGAACCUACCAAAUCAAGCCUUCGCAUCAGGAAUCGUAAAACUGGUCAGUCUGAUCGACUCUCUGGUGUCAGUGCAACUCUUCAUUAUGGGUCAGAGAGUGAGGAUGACCCUGGGAUGUCAGUAUCUUUGGGCUAUGAUGAAGGGGAAUCUGAGUCAGAAAGCCAGUCUUCCACCAUGGACGCUGUCAACCCCAUCUUCCAACUUUUUGAGACCAUAAGAACUGCCAGAAACAGCCAGGGACAAGCCUUUUCAGAACCAUUUCAACAACUCCCCUCUCGCCGAGAAUACCCUGACUACUAUCAACAGAUCAAGCAUCCUAUUUCUAUGACUCAGAUACGGCAAAAAAUUAAAAAUGGCGACUAUGACAAUUUAGAUCAAAUUGAAGCAGAUUUGAAUUUAAUGUUUGAGAAUGCAAAGCGUUACAAUAUGCCAAACUCUAGCAUAUACAAGCGUGCUUUUAGGCUUCAGCAGAUAAUGCAGGCUAAAAAGAAGGAGCUCCUCAGAAGAGAUGAAGAUGAUGGCGACAGUAUAUUAUCAUCUGAUGCUGGAAGUGUCAAGCGGAAAGGGUAUAGAAAAGGCAAAAAAGGCAGAAUGAAGGCUCUGUAUGCAGCCGUGACUGAGGCUAAAGAGGCUGGGACCAACCGCCGCCUUUGUGAUCUGUUUAUGGUCAAACCGUCCAAGAAAGAUUACCCAGACUACUACAAAGUCAUCCUGGAGCCCAUGGACUUAAGGACUAUUGAAAACAACAUUAAAACUGAGCGUUACAACACAGAGGACGCACUGAUAGAGGACAUGAAGCUAAUGUUUCGCAAUGCCAGACAUUACAAUGAGGAGGGCUCUCAGGUUUAUAAUGACGCUGAUAUUUUGGAGAAGAUCCUCAUAGACAAACGCAAGGAGCUGGGACCUUCUCCUGAUGAGGAGGAUGUGGGAUCCCCCAAAAUCAAACUUAGGAAGAGUGGUGCCUCUCCAAAGAAGUCCAAAUACCUCACUCCUCUGCAGCAGAAGUUAAAUGAGCUCUAUGAUGCUGUUAGGAACUACACAGAUCGCAGAGGCAGACGUCUUAGCACCAUCUUCCUCCGCCUGCCCUCUCGCUCAGAGUUGCCUGAUUAUUACGCCACAAUUAAGAGGCCCAUAGACAUGGAGCGAGUCAGGAGCCACAUGGCGGGUGGGAGAUACCAGGAUGUAGAAUCCCUGGUGGAGGACUUUGCACUGAUGUUCAAUAAUGCCUGUAUGUACAAUGAGCCAGAGUCUCUGAUCUAUCGGGAUGCACUGGUCUUGCAUCGUGUCCUGCUGGAGACCAGGAGACAACAAGAGGGGGCAGAGGAUACUGGACCCCCAUCUGUGGGGGCACAGGUCCGUGAGCUCAUCAGGAACCUGUUUGUGUCAGUGAUGGGACACCAGGACGAAGAGGGCCGCUGCUAUAGCGACUCUCUGGCUGAGAUCCCAGCUGUGGAUCCAGCCACGCCAGAAAAACCUCCACUCAACCUGGAGGUGAUCAGGAUGAACGUGGACCGCGGACGAUACAGGAGAUUAGAUGUCUUCCAAGAACAAAUGUUUGAGGUUCUAGAAAGGGCAAGAAAACUGAAUAGAACUGAUUCUGAAAUAUUUGAAGAUGCUGUUGAGCUGCAGCAGUUUUUCAUUAAGAUUAGAGAUGAACUAUGCAAAAAUGGAGAAAUCCUGAUGUCCACUGCUCUCAGCUACAAUUUGAAACACCUCCACAAUGAUGUGGAGCAGGAAAAGAGGGAAAAAAUACCCAAAGAGAUUGAAGAGGACCGGCAGAAGAAAGCAGAGGAGGCUGAGGAGGAGCAGAAAGGCAUUGGUAAAAGUGAAGAUUCGUCCAGUGAGGCGUGGCAGUCCGAGUCUGACUCUGAACGCGUGUACAAACAGGACUUUAGCUUUGAAAACAGCACUUAUCACGUGGGAGACUUUGUUUAUGUGGAACCCUCUGAGCCUAAACUGCAGCCACACAUCGUCUGCAUUGAACGUCUGUGGGAGGACGAAAAGGGCGAGAAGUGGCUCUAUGGCGGUUGGUUCUACAGACCAAGUGAAACAUUUCAUGUGGCCACUCGCAAGUUUCUGGAAAAAGAGGUUUUCAAGGGGGACUACUACAACAAAGUGCCCAUCAGUAAGGUCCUUGGAAAGUGUGUGGUCAUGUUUGUCAAAGACUAUUUCAAACUUCAACCUGAAGGCUUUCGAUCAGAGGAUGUGCAUGUGUGUGAGUCUCGCUAUACUGCCAGAAACAAGACCUUUAAGAAGAUCAAGGUUUGGGCAAUGCCUACAAGCUCUGUGAAAUUUAUACCACGAGAUGUGCCACUUCCAGUUGUUAGAGUUGCUUCUAUGUUUGCCAAACCUGAUCAGGACAAGCAACUGGCAAUUUCAUAUGCAAACAGUGGCAGCUUUGUGGACAAGGAGAAAGAGGACGUCCCGAUGGAGAUGAGCGGAGGAGAUCCUGGCUGUCGCUAUUAUGAACAGCUACGCUUUAACAACAUGUGGUUCAAGGUGGGAGAUUGUGUGUACAUUCAGUCACAUGGGCUAUCAAAACCCAGGGUGGCAAGGAUUGAGAAGUUAUGGGUGCAAAAUGGGACAGUACUUUUCUUUGGUCCAAUCUUUAUUAAUCCAGAGGAGACGUCUCAUGAGCCCACAAAGAUGUUCUAUAAGAAAGAGGUGUUUCUGAGCAGUCUGGAGGAGACACUGCCACUGACCUGUGUCAUAGGCAAGUGCAUGGUGUCUUCAUUCAAGGACUACCUGUCAUGCAGACCCACAGAGAUCCCAGAGGAGCAUGUAUUACUGUGUGAGAGCCGCUACAUCGACACAGAGAAGCAAAUGAAAAAGUUCAAAGGACUCAAGCGAUUCUCAUAUUCACCCAAAGUGGUGGAGGAUGAGAUUUACUAUUUCAGGAAGCUAAUUGUACCUCAAAAGGAGGCCUCGCCAUUUUUAGAUAAGAAGAUUGAGGAGCUGGAGCUGAAGCUGGCAGAUUUGGAAGAUGGCGAUGAGGAUAUGGAGGACCUGGAUGAUGAUGAAGAAGCCUCAGAAACUCCUCUGCCUCCGAUGCAAACGCCCAUGUCCAGUGAUAUGGACAUGAUGCAGUACACACCUUCUCAGUCUACUCCAAAGAUAAAAGGACUUUCAAAGAAGGAAGGCGCCAAGAGGAAGAUCAACAUGAGUGGAUACAUCCUGUUCAGCAGUGAGAUGAGAGCUGUCAUCAAGGCCCGACAUCCAGACUUCUCCUUCGGGGAGCUCAGUCGUCUCGUGGGAACAGAAUGGAGGAACUUGGAGGCCACCAAGAAGGCAGAUUAUGAAGAGCGUGCAGCCAAGAUAGUGGAGCAGCAGGAGCGGGAGAGGCCCCCCCAGAAGCAAGUGUCCCCUAGAGCAGGUACCCCUGUGGGGGCGCUGAUGGGCGUGGUGCCUUCACCCAGCACUAUGGGAAUGCUAAACCAGUCCAUGACACCAUCAGGCAUGAUGGGAGCUUACGGCCCACCUUACAUGCCCAUGCAGGGCCCUCACGAGGGCUUAUUGAGUGUGGCCACAAUGUCACCUCACCCCCCUGGGGUGCCCCACCUGCCUCAUCACCUUCACCAUGGCAUGCCUGGAUACCCUGGCAUGCCCCAUCAGGGUAUGAUGGCUCCAGGAAUGAAUGGCAUGCAAGGAAGCCCAGGACAAGGGAAUUUCAUGCAGCAGCCUGGCAUGUACAGCCCAGGCCAGCAUGCCCCUCCACCUUACCCCGGACAGGGGCAGCCCUCCCACCUACAGCCCACACCCCCCAUGUUUGUGGCCCCACCUCCAAAAACUCAGAGGGUGCUUCACUCAGAGGCCUAUCUGAAGUACAUCGAAGGCUUGAACGCAGAGUCCACCACUAUAAGCAAAUGGGAUCAAACUCUAAAGGUACAACGUCGAGAAAGUUACUUGACCAAAGAACAGGAGAGUCGGCUUCCUGUGCACUGGCUGAAGAGCAAAGGUGCCCACGGCACCAUGGCAGAUGCACUGUGGCGACUGCGUGAUCUCAUGAUGAGAGACUCCUUGAAUAUUUGUCAGGCUUAUAACUUAUAACAUGUUCUAUGUUUCCUCAGACCAAUUGUAACCAGCACACCCACUUGCUCUUAUUAUGAAGCUUUGGAAUUUUAGACAGGAUUCUAGGCCAUAUAUAAGCAAUAUUUUAUAGUCUGUUGCAAUCACUUUUAUAUUUAUUAGCUGGGAUUAUGAUAUAAAUAGCUAAUUGUCCACUGCUUUUUUACACCUGUAUGAAUUAUAAUGCAAAAACUCACUCACUGUUUUGGCUUGUUAUAAAAAUAAAUUGCUAAUUAAUAA